AGAAAGAGCUUUUGAUGUCAGUGUUAGUAGAGUGUGACGCGCAGAAGAUUAUUCACUACGUUCACAAGCAGUCAGAUCCUAUUUCAUAAGAAAUAUUGUCUACGAACAAUGGGGAAAGAAAAAGCCAGUGGGAAAAAGGAAAAUGAAGAUGCUCUUUUGAUGCAUCCUUCUUUGCCUGACAUCGCCAAAGUAUUUCCAAUAACAGAAAACGAUUUAAAGCGAAAUUUUUCUGAAAAUAAUAAAAAGCAUCAAAUGCUCAUUCAAGCAAUAACAAGAAAGGACGUGAGAAGCUUAAGUACCUUAUUUGAAAGAUUAUGUUCAAGCAAGUACGAAAAGUGCAAAAUGCUUCUAAUAUGUGGUAAAUUGACCAAUGUGCGCAAGUUCGCGGAUACUCAUCUAAUAGAAUUUGCUAUGCAUCGCGACCUCGAGUGCUUUAAGUUUCUCCUCAAUCUUUUUGAAGAUUUAAAAAAAACAUUCAAAGUGUUGCAGCGAUCAAAUAAAUUGGACAAUAAUGAAUACGAUUCCUUACUUGUAUACCCAUUCCGCAUUGGUCAAGAAAGGCAAAAUUUAUUACAUGCAAUGAGAUUUGCAACAGAUCCUUUAAAAAUAUUGGUUUUACUCAGCAAAUGCUCGGUCUUUAAUAAUUUAAUAAAUGCAAAGGAUGAUAAAAAGAGAACACCACUUAUGAAAAACAUAUAUAGCUAUUGCUGCAACAUAGAUAUUCCCAUGAAAAUGGUCGAAUGUGGAGCCUACAUAGAUUCAAUCGACUGUAAUAACACUUCUCCGUUAUAUCAAGCUGUCACUACAGGAAACAUUCAGCUCGUGCAGAAAAUGACCAGUGUUGGGAAAGUAGAAACAAAUGACAGUGAAGUGCUACUUAGAACAUCCCUGUACUGCAAUAAAUCAGUAUUCUACCCUGCAGUUAAGAGCUGUAACUUGGAAAUGCUGAAAUGGCUUUACAACAAAGUAUCAAAUUCAUUUGGUGUUUUGUUAAAAGAGCUAAAAGAAAACAUAGAUGAACUCGAGAUCGUGAUUGUUAACAACAACUUGGUUGGCAUCCUAGGGUUUUUAGUAAGGAUAGCCAAUGAAUCUACAGAAGGAAUUAAACUACGUAAAGUACUCUGUUCAAUAUGUUUCAGUGCUGUUGUCUUGAACAAAAUUGAUUUAGUGAAGACUUUUUUUGACGUUAAGUAUGCAAAAAAAGUAUUCUCAUGGUGUGCUUCUGGAAGGAAUGUUUUUUUCUAUGCCGUAGAAAAUUAUGCUAUGUUAGAACGUCUCUUGGUUGCUGCUAAAGAAAAACUAGAUCACAAAAAAAUACCAAAAAUUCUUGAUGAAACAGACAAUACCAAUUGUUCAGUUCUUCAUUUUGCAGCUUUGGCUAAUCAAGGAGAGGCCUUUUCUACUCUUGUUAAAUUCGGCGUUGAAUUUCAUCCAGAUCGUGACAUGCAAGUACCAAUAAACUACAUUUUGGCAUGCUUAGAAGGACUUCCUCGUGAAAACGAACACGUACUUCCUAUCAUAAGAGAAGCAGUAAAACUGUAUUGUGGCACCAUAUUCUCUGCAAAGUCUGAGUAUGUACAUGACUGUUUGAUGCAUUUAGUCGAAAACGGUAUGGUUGAUAUUGUAAAAUACCUGAUGGAAUUAGAUUUGCCAAUUGACCUGAAGAAAAGGGACAGGAAUGGCAAUACCUUACUUCAUGCUGCAACCUCUUCAAAUUCCUUGGCUAUGGUAAAUCUUCUCCUUGACAUUGAACCAGGCUUGCUGAUUAUUGCAAAUGAUGAGAGCAAGACCCCUAUUGUAAAUGCAGUGUUCAGUACAAAUGUUGAUGUCUUAAAAAUUUUACUGGAGCAUAAAUCAGUUCUUUUUGGAGUAAAAGACCUAGUGCAUUUGUUGAUGUGUGCUAAAGAAAAAACUACAUUUACGAACUCAAUUGUGGACUUCGCUUUUAAAUAUUAUGGAUCGACAGGACUAGUUCGUAUUUUGUCAGAGAUAACAUCAAGUGACGGACGUUUGCUUUCUCAGUUCAACGAAGAGUCAGUUGCUCACAUUUUGGACAAAUACAUUAAUUAUCCUGAAUACGAUUUCUCUCUCUUUAAAUCUGCAGAAAAUAAUGUCCCGGACUUCGAAUUCUUUAUGAAGAACAGAAAAUACGAAAAAAUUUUUGGUCAUCCUUUGGUCGAAGCAUUUAUCCAGACAACUCUGCAGUCCAAUAGUGCAAAAACUGCUUACUAUUUUCUGGCAUCGGUUAAUUUGAUAUUUUUCCUUCUACUCACCACAUUUGUUGGAUUGUUUUUACAAGGAGUUCGAGAUAUGAAGUCGCCUGGGAUGAUUACUUUAGCAUCCAUAAUAUUUCUUUUCUGUGUAAUCAACUUGGCAAAAGAAGUAUUACAGAUUUGCAAUGACCGAAAGCUUUACUUCCUUAGGGAUGGCAUACGAAACGCAAUGGAAUUGGCUUUGUACAUUUGCACAAUCAUAUUUGUUCUACCUCUUCAUAGAUUUAAAUAUACUUAUCAAAUUGGAGCUGGUGGAAUUUCAGUCUUUCUAGCAUGGAUCAACUUCAUCUGGUUUUUAAAGAAUGCACCAGUGUUUGGAACUUAUGUUAUCUUAAUAAAAAGAGUAUUUCAGUCACUGUUGAAGAUUUUUCCUGUGGUUUGCUUAUUGGUUGGUGCUUUUUCCAUGACAUUUAUGCUGUUAAAGAUGGACGACGAAGCUUUCCGUUCACUACCUUUGUCAGCUAUGACGACAUUAAUAAUGAUGAAUGGCGAAAUUGAGUACAGAGAACAGUUCAUGAGAAGCAAUUCAUCUCUUUUUAUCAUGCAAUCUGCCCUUCUUCUUAUCUUUUUUCUUGUCAUGGGUGUUGUUGUCAUGAAUGUAUUUAUUGGUCUCGCAGUUGGUGAUACAGAUGAAAUGAUGAAAAGAAGCAGGAUUGAGAAAUAUCUUCACAAGGCUAGGAUGUUCAUUGAGUUUAACAAGACGUUAGCAAAAUUGCCAAGACUGUUACGUCCAGAGCAGACGACUAAAGCAAAAUUCGUUAAGCCUUUUAAAGGCCAAAAAAUAUUUGAUGAAAAUGGAAUGGAGACAAAAAUGAACGAUUUAAUAUCCGAGACAACAAACUUAAAGAACAAUGCAAAGAACCUUAGAAAUAAUGUAUUGGACGCACAGAGUAAUGUUAAGAAGCUGGAGAAUAUUGUAAUGGACGUAAAGAGUGAUGUUAAGUGUAUGCACAACGAAAUACAAGAAUUAAAAGAUAAAAUCGUCUUGCUAACAACGAUUCUGGCAGGAAAUAAGCAAAGCCAAGGGUAGCUAAACCGAAUAUGGGAACAUUAAUUUAUUUAUUUUACCCAUUGAAUCUUACACGUUUUUCUUAUUUUUUUGCAUCUUAACAUUUUCAAUUAAUGAACAUUUGAAGUAAACCAUGCACAAUAUUUUUCAUUUUUACUUUUCAGUGACAGGCAUGCUUUGACUUUACAAUAAAGCAUCUUUAAAUGCGAAUGAUUAUAUGAUUAUGGAUUUUCAUUGUGAGAUAUAUAAAAUAGAAAGUGAAGUAAAAUAAGUGAAAUAAAAAUGAUACAGGUGAAGUAAUACUUAUAA